AUGGCCAGUGGUGGUUCUAUUUAUAAGACAAGUUGUUUAUCCCUGAAGAAGUUUGAAGAUGUGGUUCUCAAGGGUGUUUGUGCUGUGGAUGAAAAUGGAAUCAUUGUGUUUGAACUCCCCUUGCUCACGUCACCGCAGUCCACCAUGCCCAAAGCGUUCCUGCUGCUGUCUGCGGCCCUGGUGCUCCUCGGGCCUGUGCAUGGAGCCACACUGAGAAACCAAGACACAUGGAAGCCACUCAGCAACCCCAGAAACCGAGACCUGUUUUUCAGAACCCUUCAGGCGUAUUUAAAGGGAAGAGGUCUUGACCUUGAAAGAUUUCCAAAUACUUUCUCCACAAAUGAGACCCCCAGACCCCUCUCUGUGCAGUCAGAGCUCAUCGCCUCUGCCUUUGCCGAGUACGAAGAGCGGAGAAACCCCUUUCCCCGCGGCCUCGAAGGCUGACGGCUUCUCCUGCGAGCAGGUGCUACCCUCUAACUCACAGAACGUGUCAAAGAAAAUAUCAAAGACAUACUUUCGUGUGAGCGUGGAGUGAGGUGCUGCUUGGGGGCGGGGCCCGGAGAAAGCACCUACUGGGUGCUAUGGUAACAUAAUGGGACUCGGAUGACUGGUGGGGGAAGAAGCAAAGCAUCUGGAUCAGAGAUGACGCCAUCAUAAGCUCGCCUUUCCUGGCAGCUGAUUAGAAAGUGAGGACGAAAAGAGUUUUUUGCUGAAAGAUGUUGAUCUUUGAGUCUUUGUGCUAAUGGUACCGACUUCAUUUUCUGUUUCAUUAGAGCAUUUUCUUGUUCUUGCAGGUAUCUGGCUAUUUUUAAACCACAGAUGAAGCCGCUCAUCAGAAAAAGUCAAUCAUGGUCAUUGUUAAACUCCCCCUCCCCCCGACUUUUGUCAGUUUGUAAUGGUUUUAUUCUGUAUUUUCAGAUUUACAUAUCAACAGCUUGACCUUUGGGACCUAUGUGACUUAUGUGCAUACUCUGCUGUUUUUUUCCACUUUAUAACCAUACAUGUCAAUGUAGAGCACCGCAUAUAAUUACAAGUUAUCAAA